AUGGCCAGCUUCAUCCAGCUAAUGCCAGAUAUCUAUAACAUCAACUCUGAUGAGGACUCAGAGAAUGGAAUGCCCAUGACUGAAGAAGAAGAUCAAGAGCUGGUGACCAUGAGGCAGACCCUCUCAACAGCUGAGUUACUUAUGUGGGUUGUUGAUAGAGAAUUUGAACAGAUAUAUCAACAUGCACAGCAGAAACAGGACAGAUGGGCACAAGCAAAUCAUGAAGAGCAGCUACUUCAGCCAUAUUGA